AUGGAAGGGAACAACAAAUUUGAAGAAGACAAAACAAUGCUUUUUCCUCAAGAACUAAUAAUGAAAAUUCAGGUUGAGCGUCAAGAAAAGCCACUCAAGGAGCAAAAAGCCCUCAUGGAAGAAUCACGCAAAGCAGAAUCACAUCUUUUGAACAAAUUAGUUUUUGCGGACACUUUUACUAGAGAAAAUACUGAAUACGACAAUUGGGAGUUCGCCAAUUUCUAUCCAGGCGGCAUUGGAACAGAAAAUAACACCGAAAUCCGCGGCAACUGGAUGCCAGCUAAUUUUCAGCCAGUUCUCCAUGGACUUCAGCUGAGAUCUUUAAUUUUGAAGUCAAAACCAACAUUAGCGCUAAAGAGCCUUGCAUGCGAAAUUAAGCUGGCAUUCAGGCUCAUUGGAGAUUCCACUCUUUGCAUAAUUACACGAGGAGUGGGAGUUAAAGACCCAGAUGCAGCUGUAUGCAAAAUAAAAAAAGAGCAGGACUCUCAAAGAGUAUUUUUGAUUUUUGGAGGAAACGUAGGGAUGAAUAAUGAGUUCAAAUUUUUCAAAAAACAAGAAUUUCCUGAAAUCACAGACAUGGCCGAAGAAGCAGUUGUUCAAGAUUUUGUGGAUAUGAAAAUGACUUUAAUUGAUAAUGGCGAUGACAGAAUUUUUGUGAGUGCAGCAAUUUCAAAUAAAAGAGUAGUGAGCAUGUCGUGCAAUAAAUUCAUCCCAACUUUGAGGGAAACUUCACUAAUGCUAGCUGGAUCGGGGGAUUCAGUUUUACUAAAAAAUAUAUCAGCAAGGCAGAUCGAUAGGGUAGACACUGUUCUAAAGCCAACAAACCAUUAUGAGUGCUGCACUAUUUUAUAA